GCUGGCGUCACCAGGACAACGGGCGUUGCCGGCGGCUUGUGACUUCGGGCUGUGGGCGCGCUCGCAGCUCUUCGGCCAUGGUUUUCUCAAAUAAUGACGAAGGCCUUAUUAACAAAAAGUUACCCAAAGAACUUCUCUUAAGAAUAUUUUCCUUCUUGGAUAUAGUAACUUUGUGCCGAUGUGCACAGAUUUCCAAGGCCUGGAACAUCCUAGCCCUGGAUGGAAGCAACUGGCAAAGAAUAGACCUUUUUAACUUUCAAACAGAUGUAGAGGGUCGAGUGGUGGAAAAUAUCUCCAAGCGAUGCGGUGGAUUCCUGAGGAAGCUCAGCUUGCGAGGCUGCAUUGGUGUUGGGGAUUCCUCCCUGAAGACCUUUGCACAGAACUGCAGAAACAUUGAACAUUUAAACCUCAAUGGGUGCACCAAAAUCACUGACAGCACAUGUUAUAGCCUUAGCAGAUUCUGUUCCAAGCUAAAACAUCUGGAUCUGACCUCCUGUGUGUCCAUUACAAACAGCUCCUUAAAGGGGAUCAGUGAGGGCUGCCGAAACCUGGAGUACCUGAACCUCUCUUGGUGUGACCAGAUCACGAAGGAUGGCAUUGAGGCACUGGUGCGAGGUUGCCGAGGCCUGAAAGCCCUGCUCCUGAGGGGCUGCACACAGUUAGAAGAUGAAGCUCUGAAACACAUUCAGAAUUACUGCCAUGAGCUUGUGAGCCUCAACUUACAGUCCUGCUCACGCAUUACAGAUGAAGGUGUCGUGCAGAUAUGCAGGGGCUGCCAUCGGCUACAGGCUCUGUGCCUUUCUGGCUGCAGCAACCUCACAGACGCCUCUCUCACGGCCCUGGCUUUGAACUGCCCAAGACUUCAGAUUUUGGAGGCUGCCCGAUGUUCCCAUUUGACUGAUGCAGGCUUUACACUUUUAGCUCGGAAUUGCCAUGACCUGGAGAAGAUGGAUCUUGAAGAAUGCAUCCUGAUCACCGACAGCACACUCAUCCAGCUCUCUGUCCACUGUCCUAAACUGCAAGCCCUGAGUCUGUCCCACUGUGAGCUCAUCACAGAUGACGGGAUCCUGCACCUGAGCAACAGCACCUGCGGUCACGAGAGGCUGCGGGUACUGGAACUGGACAACUGCCUCCUCAUCACCGACGUGGCCCUGGAGCACCUGGAGAACUGCCGCGGCCUGGAGCGCCUCGAGUUGUAUGACUGCCAGCAGGUUACCCGCGCAGGCAUCAAGCGGAUGCGGGCUCAGCUCCCUCAUGUCAAAGUCCAUGCCUACUUUGCUCCUGUCACCCCCCCGACAGCAGUGGGAGGAAGUGGACAGCGACUGUGCAGGUGCUGUGUCAUUCUCUGACGGCGACUGCCUCAGUCCAAGGCACGAUGAAGUGUCCCUUCCUCCAGAGAAGACCCGGGUCUUCCUGCUCCGCCUUCACCCAGAUCUCUUGGUUCUCCAUUGGGAAAGACAUUUACAGGUAAAAGACUUCAGUAGGGACUGCAGUAACUCUGGUGAUAGUUCUCACCUUCAUUCUGCUACGAUACAAUCCAAUCAAAGCCUUGUGUCUGCCAGCACAUGGCAAGAGUAGUCUCAGCACAGCCUGGACCACAAAGGGGACCUGGAUCUCUUAAGAGGUGGGUGCCUUCUUAGGUACCAGCGUCCUGCCGUUGGCUUUGUCAGCGCUCCUUAGACCAUCAGUGUUAGCACAAACCGAGCAGAAAGACUAAGCUGUUGAUUUUCUACCUGAUACUGAAGCCAGUGGCCUACUUUAAUUCACAGUGAUUUCAUUUGGAUUAGCAGGACUUUUCCACUUUGAAGAUGAAAUAGUAACUUUCUCAAAGUGACCUGUACUGCAAAUUCGUGAUGCCUGAGAGUUUUAUACGUAGAGACUUAGGUGGGAGGCAAGUUAGGUUUCCAUGAGACACCAAAGAAAUGAGGACUCUGAACUGGGUGGAGCAGGGCCUUCACCUUUCUAUCAACUUGUCAUACACUCUUUUGGGGACCAAAAGCUAGACAAAAACCACCGAGUCCAUGUUGCCUGACUGGAAACAAGCUGUGGCAGGUGCUACUGCAGAGUGCAUUUUUGUUCUAGGAGAAAAGCUAAUCGUGUCAGCUCUCACAAAAUUUGGGGGACCUUAAAGAAAUAGAAUUAAGGCUUAAGUUAUCUAUAAUAUAUAUAAUCAAUUAAAAAUAAUGAAUGGA